AGAAACAUUAAUAAGAUACAGAUAAUAUAUAUUGCGAAAAAAAAUAUAUGUUAAAAGCAACAAAUAUAUAUUUAAUUUUAUUAUUAAUAUAUUAUUAAAAAUUUUAUAUCAUCAAAAUUUUAAUAUAUAAUAAUAUCACAUAAUAAUAUAUAAUAUACAAUAAUAAUCACAUAAUAAUAUAUAAUAUAUAUAAAAAUAAAUCAUAUAAUAUAUAUACAUUACACUUAAAAAAAAAUUUUUGUAAUCUUUUUGAUAAAAAUUAUAUUUUAUUUUUAUCAAAAUAUUUAAUGAUAAAUAUUCUUCAUUAAAAAAAAACAAUAUAAAAUAUUUAUUUUAUUUAUUAUAAGACACAUUCGCAUGAAACAUACCCCUGAUAUCUAACAAGUGGUAGCAUUUUAUGCAAAGUGAUCUAUCUCUUAUUUUCAUAUAUAGAUGUACUGCAGAUAAAUUCACAUAGUAUAUAUUUUCGUGGUGUUUGUAGAUUUUGCAAUUGUUUAUAACAAACAAUUUGAACUAAAAACUUACUAAUAUAAUAAACUAUAAAGUUUUUGUUUAAUUGAGUAGAUUUUAUAUGUUUAAUGGAAAACAUAUAAAUAAAUAAAAAAGGAAAAAGUUUUAUAUAUUGAACAACAAAAAUGCCAUGCUGGUAUUAUGAGAAAAAAGAACUCCGAAAUACACCAUCUAUUCAAGAUGGAAUUGAUUAUGAAACAGAAUGUAGAUAUAGAAAAGAAGGUGCAAGAUUUAUUAUUGAUACAGGUACAAAAAUGGAUUUAGGAUAUAAUACAAUGGCAACUGGAGUUGUUUAUUUUCAUAGAUUUUAUAUGUUUCAUUCAUUUAAGAAUUUUCCAAGAUAUGUUACUGCAUGCUGUUGUUUACUUCUGGCAGGAAAAGUAGAAGAAACACCAAAAAAAUGUAAAGAUAUAAUAAGAACUGCAAAAUCCUUGUUGAGUGAGCAAAAAUUUAUGACAUUUGGAGAAGAUCCAAAAGAAGAAGUUAUGACAUUAGAAAGAAUUUUGUUACAAACUAUUAAAUUUGAUUUACAAGUUGAACAUCCAUAUAGUUACUUGUUAAAAUAUGCAAAAUGUCUGAAAGGUGAUAAAAAUAAAUUACAAAAAAUGGUUCAGAUGGCUUGGACAUUUGUUAAUGAUAGUUUAUGUACAACAUUAUCCCUGCAAUGGGAACCAGAAAUUAUAGCUGUUGCUCUUAUGUAUUUGGCUGGAAAACUUAGUAAAUUUGAAGUGGUAGAUUGGAAUGGAAGACAACCAAAACAUUUACGUUGGUGGGAUAUGUUUGUUGAGGAUGUUACUAUGGAUCUUCUAGAAGAUAUAUGUCAUCAAGUAUUAGAUUUAUAUUCACAAGCUAAUAACACAAAGCCACCAGAUUCACCACCAUUGACACCAUCUAAUGAACCUUGUAGAGAUAGAACUAUAACAGCACCUCCUACAGAAUCAGCAUCUACUACACCAAAUGUUACACCAGGAAAAGUUACUAAAGUUGAAGCAGCUGCAGUCUCUUCAAAUGGAUGUUUAACUACAGAUACUACAGAUUCAAUCAAACCAAUGGAUGUGCCAACACAUUUUCCAACAUAUCCAGCCAAUUAUGCACCUAGUAAUAUUAAUAUCAAUAUUAAUUAUCCACCAGCAUUUCCUCCAGCAAAUGUUUCUGUACCUCCUCCUCCUGUAAAUACAAUGAAUCAUAUUGUUCCACCAAUGCAUCAUAUGGGUUCUUCUGGUACCACUAGACCUGCACCACCUGCUCCUACUACAACACCGGCACCAUUUCAACCAUAUCCUUAUCCUACAAAUGCCUCAUAUUUUCCUCCAAAUAAUCCAGUACCUCCAGCACCUACACCACGUACAUAUUAUCCACCACAACCUUAACACAUACAAAUUUGCAAGCUCAAAUAUGAAACAUUUGUUUGUGUAUCAUUAUUAUAACUAAAAUUAUUACUGUCAAAAAAAUAAUAAUUAAAUUCUUGUAAAUAUUGUAAAUAUGUGAAAUUUAUAAUUAAGAAUAGUAUUUAAUUAUAAAGCUUUUAUAAUUAUAUGAUAUUAAUAUCUA